AUGAUAAGUAAUUCCGAAGAAAAUCCAACCGCGGGUAAUCUGCAUGCAUUGCAUGCGGAUGGAACAACCACAACAACAGAUCUGGAUGCACUCGAUAAUCGAACAGAUGAUUUCUAUUCAACUUUGCAUAGUUUCCACGGAACAACAAGACCAGUGAAUCAAAAUAUGAGUUCUUGUUGUGGACGCAGCAAGGGGGAAAAAGCGAGACUUCAUUUACUUCACACUAUAUGUGAAGUAAAACGAAGUAUGACUGAAGUACCAGCGAAGUACGACUGA